AUGGCAUUUUUGAAAAUUUGUCAGUGGUGUGUUCUGGCUAUCUCGGUCACGCUCGCCAUCACAAUGGACGAAGAGCCUCUGACCGUCACAUGUCAGAACAUACGUCAUGACAAAAUACUCGGCGAUCUUGACAGGGGAGAGGGUAGCAAGAUGUCUCUUGAGAGUUGCACAAUAAUUACGCAAUCCAGCUACUCGUCAGACAGCAUACACGAGUUGUGUUGUCAACACUGCCAUAGUUGUUCUUUGCCUGGAACUGAAGAAGGGCCGUGGAAGGGAAAGACUGUUUCGAGAACCGUGAAAUUGAAUUCGACCAAGCUACACGAGCGAAAGAAAAGACAAGAAGGUGCUGAGAGACCCUUGCAUACAUCGGGUACCGAGCGAGUGCUUCAAGCAGGUCGCACGUACCACUUUCCAUGUCCAGUUUUCUCUCCUGGUGACGUCAUCAAUGACAUAGUUUGGUUCAAAGGGAGCAACUGCGACCCCAAAAAGCGACAGAAAAUCCUGCAACACUACAACCCACCCGACGGCACAUUGAUAACUCCGAGUCCACACUAUCAGUUCACUGAGACCAAUUAUGGCUUGGUCAUCGAGUCUGCUAACCUGACUGAUUCUGAUCGGUAUUGGUGCAAGGCGCACAAGGAACCAAUCGGGGAAUAUGUGGAGGAAUUCCUGGAUAUAUUUGUCUUGGGUACAACGUUUCCAAUUCACAAAUGGCCAGACACGGACGAGGAUAUCCAAAGAAAAUCCUUAAACUUCGCAGAGGCUAAACUCGUCACGUGUCCAGUGAUGUCACAAACUAGUUCAAGGCGAGAUGACGUCACCGUUUACUGGUCACGCCUAAAUACAGAAGACGGCCAAAGUAUGGAGAUUGUUUUCCCUGAUGUCGUCGGAGUUGUGGCAGGUGGAGAGUACCAUGUAGAUGGUGACAAUAAUCUGGUGGUGGACAAUUUCAGCGGAAGGGAAGAAAUGUAUUGCUGUCAUGUGUUUCAAGAAGACACAGCUCCAAGACAAGGCUGUGUGAGAGUAGUAUGGGGAGCAACCCAAGAACCAAAAUACCCUGUCAUCUCGGCCUGUGGUGACAUCAAAACUCCAGAAGGCCAAUGUGACGUCAGACUUGAGUCGUACCAAGAUUUCCUUCAACUGGAUUGUUUAGUGACAAAUGUAUACCCUAGGCCUGACGUCAGCUGGUCACUGAAGGACUGCAUUGGUACAAAUGCUACGGGUUUCUCCACCUGCAACGAUUGGACGUACGAUAAUGUCUCAAUGACGUACAGUGCAAUAUCGAAGUUAUAUUUGCAUAGCUUACCAUUGGGGUCCUUUUCGUGUAAUUUCAUCUGCACGUCGCUUGGUGGCGCCAUUCAAAAUGACAGGGAGUCAUCUUCUGUUCAAAUAUCACGUGCCGAAGAAAUCGAGUCCAGCUGCAACUUUGCUCUUCUCUGUAUAAUGACAAGCAUCUUUGUGACUUUGUUGAUAAUUUUGGUCAUCAGAUUUUGUUUAGCUUUUCCAAGAUGUCAGGGUUUUGUCGUGAAACACGUCAGUAAUAUGGGAACUCUUAAUUGCCGUGUGGACGACGAAGAGAAGCUGUCACGGAAUAAAGAUAUAAAGCUUGAGACACAAACGGAAUUGACACCUUUGGAAAUGUCACCGAUGAUCGUUCAAGGAAGUGAAGGCGAUGCCAAUACCAAAGAGCCCGUGUGUCUUAUUAAUAGCCGAACGAAUCAUGACAUCAAUUUUACAGACAACACAUACAACUGGGUCUCACUUGGGGAGCUUGUCACCAAUCCUGAUGACACCAACAAUGGAUUCCACCACAUCCGUGACGUCAUACCUGCACCAAUCCAAGUCGGCGGAUUGGUUAUCAUAGACUCCAUUAGCAUGCAUCAGUUUACUUCAGAAUAUCAAUACAAACGUGUGAAUUUAUUCAAACAAUUACCGGGAAAAUAUAUCUGCGUCACAUAUUUCACACCAAAUAAGCUUAUUUUUGGGCUGAAAAUGGGUAGACUUCAGAUUUUUGAUCCUGAUAAAACCGAAAUAAGCGCCUUUGCUUCCAUACUGCCGGUUGGGGAUACUGAAGUUGAGCUUACCGAUAUCUCGGUGGACUGCCAGGGGUUUGUUUUUGCCGCUGACUCUAAAGGGAAAGCCAUCUCGGUGUUCGAUCCCGACGGAGUGUACAUUAACCGAGUAGAGAUCAACAUCGUACCCAUAUUCAUCUUCGCCCACACCACUGAUGAGAUGAACAAAGUUGAACUUUUUGUCAGCUCCGAAUCUACCGUUGAGAUGUACGGUGUCAGCAGGAAGAGUUUUUAUCCUUACCGGGCUACGAUGGGAGCCCCCAAAUACAUCGUAGACGACAAAAUGGCAAAGGCCGAAAGCUUCCGCUCGGGUGGGAUUACCGUACGAGGUGACAACCUCUUCUUGUUGAACAAACUACCCGACGACAAGAACGUGCAGGUUAUACAACGCAAACACGCCGGCGGGGACGAGGAACACAGGUUCAUUGUCGCCGUCUCUGAUGAGGACGAGGGUGAUACAGUGACGUCACGUGGCAUCAAGAUCAAGGGAAUUGCUUUCGCCGAGGAAGACGAAAACAUUUUUGUUUAUUUUGACCAUGCUGUUUGUAUCUUUAAGAAGACUAACAAGAUGCUGUCGAGAACAAAUGAAACACCUGCAGUUUAAAUAAAAUACUGUCUGCUUAGGUGGGUUUGCAGUAGCACCAUGUUAAAUCUUCUUUUGGAAUGGGUUUGAUCUGAAAAGAACCGGCGGCGGUUGACAACGUUUUGUUCAGUAGGCAUUGUGUGCUCUUAUAAUACGAACGUUUGCUUAUUUGUUAUUAGAUAAUUUAAAAUGAUAGUUAUAAUGUACGUUAUGUUAAUUUUAUUUCAACGUAACGUGAUCUGUAAAUUCUUACAUCAGCUGUGUUUUUUUUUUUUUUUUUAGUCAUCUUAUUUAGAAUCCUAUUUAAGUGCCAUGCAAACGAAAUUGUAAAUAUUGCACCAUGCAAAUUACAUGUAAUUUGUUUGAGGUUUCCGAAUUUAAGACUAUAAUAACACCUUUAAGGCCUAACAUUUUAGCUAACUUUCAGUGGUGAAGCGAUGUAGACUAUAUUAACCACUAGGGCGGACGUUGUACAAUCCAUAUUUAAUCCUAUUUAAAUGUCAUGUACAAAGCAUUUUGUAAAUAAUUCUGUGAAAAUGUUUAACCGUGCAGUUUACAUGUAGUUGAGCUUAUAGAAUUCGUAAAACUAUAUAUCGCUUUGUAGCUUACUUUCCAUCUCUUUUCUCUCUUUAAAGGGUCUGUGUAACUUUUGUAGGACAAAAAACACAAUAUCCACAGAUUUACACUAAACUUACACA